AUGGAAAUUGGUUGGAAUAUAGUGUCAAAGCGGAUAGAGUGUAUUGCUUAUAUUGUUACUUAUUCGAAGAAAGUGGACAAAAAGAUGCAUUUGCGAGUGAGGGGGUACAAUGUUGGCACAGGAAAGAAGAAAGAUUCGAAACUCAUGUUGGUAAAUGCAAUAGUUUUCACAACAGGGCGGUUCAAAAAGGAGAAGAAUUACUUAAAGAAGCCCAAUCUAUACAUGCGGAUUUGUGAAGGAGCGAUAUAUGGUGUAGUUCAUGUUAUGGAAACAACCGCUUUAUCUCUUAAAUCUGCAAUUGAUGAAUUAUUUGCUCAUCGCAAUUUGAGCUUGGGUAGGGUUAGAGGCCAAGGAUAUGACGGUGCAAGCAACAUGUCCGGUGAGUUUAAUGGUUUGAAAACUUUGAUUUUGAAAGAAAAUUCUUCGGCAUAUUAUGUUCAUUGUUUUGCCCACCAACUUCAACUUGUUGUUGUGGCCCUUGCAAACAAGCAUCUUGAAAUUUGUAGAUUUUUUAAGGAAAUAACAGAUUUAAUAAAUGUUGUUGGUGCAUCGUGCAAACGAAUAGAUUUGCUAAGAGAAAGUCAAAGAGAGCUUUUGGCAUUGAAUCCGGAAGUUGUAAUCGGAAGUGGAAAUAGUCAAGAAAUGGCACUUACAAGGCCCGGAGAUACACGUUGGAGCUCUCACGAAAAAACACUUCUUCGGUUGCUUACCUUAUAUCCUUGUGUUAUUGAAAUGCUUGAAUAUAUAGAAACUUCGGCAUGGGAACCAAUUCACAAAACUCAAGCAAAUGGACUUCAGUUAUACAUGAAAAGUUUCAAGUUUGUAUUUUAUUUACAUUUGAUGAAACAUAUCUUGGGAGUUACUAACUUAUUGUGUGUCGCUCUUCAAAGAAAGAAUCAAGAUAUUUUGAAUGCAGUUGAGCUAGUUAGAUCAACCAAAGAAGAAUUACAAAGGUAUCGACUUGAAGGCUUUGACUCACUUUUAAAAGAUGUUACAUCCUUUUGUGACAAGUAUGAUAUUGAGAUGAUUAACAUGGAAGAUGAGUAUGUUGACCCGAAAAACAGAAGAAGAAAGACCAACAUCACCAAUCGUCAUCAUUUUGUGGUCAAUAAUUUCAACACGGUUCUCGACAUGCAAAUUCAAGAGCUUGGAAACCGUUUUAACGAGGUAACCACUAACUUGCUUACGUGUAUGAGUUCUUUGAGCCCGCGUGAUAAUUUUAGUUCCUUUAAUAAACUAAAUUUGCUAAAGUUGGCCGAAAUGUAUCCGUAUGAUUUUACUUUUGAUGAAAAAGAUAAGCUUAUCGAUGAACUCGGUCACUACAUUUCUAAUAUGAAAAAAGAUAGUCGGUUUGAUAACCUGAAUGGGGUUAGUGAUCUUGCCAAAAGGAUGGUGGAAACAAGGAAACACAUUGAGUAUCAGUUGGUCUAUCGUUUAAUAAAGUUGUCACUAGUUUUACCGGUUGCAACGGCUAGUGUUGAAAGGAGUUUUUCUUCAAUGAAGCUUGUGAAGACAGAAUUACGUAAUAAGAUGGGUGAUGGAUACAUGAACGAUUCUUGCAUUUGUUACAUUGAAAAGGAGUUCUUACAAAAAGUUUCCGUUGAGAGUGUAAUGCAACGUUUUCAAAAGAUGAAAACUCGUCGUCAACAACUUUAG